GGUUCGACGUGAAUGCUUGCGAAAAUUGUUUUCGUAGGAGUUAUUUAAAAGAAUAUUGUGUUUUGUGCUUGUUUAGUGUGCUUUGACAAUAUUUUAGUGAUUGUAUCGAUUGAAUCGGUAUUUUUCGUUAUGCCGUGGGCUUGAUAUGGACGGUAUACAAAUGGAACCCAUCGGAAAAUAUAAGGCCGAUAGGAACGGGUCAGCCAAAGCAGCGGCCUGGAGAAACAUGGUGGACCAAGAUCUUGAUGACGUGGCGUUUCUAGCAGACACGGAUAAGGCCCGGGAGGCCCGAGAACUCGGCGAUACGCCAGUGGCCGUGUGCUCUCAGCGCAGGGCCCUGUGUCUAGCGGGUCUGGUAUUCUCAGCUAUGUUUGCCACAGCCCUGCUCGUCGUUUACGCUACUCCGCAAGCUGAGUGUCCAUGUUCGAGUGAAAGCGUCCUCCUCCCUGGACAGACACCAACAGAGGCGGACGAAAACUCCACAGUCGCUAAUAAAGAGCGCAUAGCCACAAACGGCAUGGUGUUUCCCUGGAGGGGGGCCAGGUUGCCCACAUUCAUCAUACCAAAGCAUUAUAGCCUGUGGUUACACCCCAAUUUGACCACUGGCGAAAUGAGAGGCGAGGUGUCAAUAGACUUCAAAGUGGAUCGUGACACUACAUUCGUAGUACUCAAUUUAAGGGACAUGAACGUAACCGAGAGGGCACUAUUUAAGUCUGGAUCUAUCGGACCUAAGAUUGUGAAAGCACUGGACUUCCCGCCGGCUGAACAGACUUAUAUUGAGUUUAAGGACAAACUGCGUCGCAAAUAUAAUUACACGUUAAGCCUUCGGUUUAUAACAAAGUUGGAUAGAAGUGAGAAAUUGCGAGGUUUCUUCCUAACCGGGACGCACAGACAUCGUUGCGCGAUAUCCCGUCUAUGGCUGACUCACGCGCGCUCAGUGUUCCCAUGCUUUGACGAGCCUUACUUGAGAGCCACCUUUAAACUCACCAUAGUCAGGGAUAGGUUUCACGUAUCGUUGACAAAUAUGCCUAUAGUCGCUACGGAGGAAGCGGGAUUCUAUUUGGGCCAUAGACUGCUGCAGGACGAAUUCGCUACCACCCCCCCCAUGCCCCCCCACAUGGUGGCGCUCACCGUCUGCCGGCUGCAGCGGCGCGCCGUGCAGCUCGCCACGCCGGAGCCGGAGGGGGAGGAGGCACCGGAGAUCAGCUUGUAUAGCGACAGGCUGGCCGUGCUGGAGGAGUCGGGACCACUUCUGGAUUGGGUCCAAAAGACAAUACAGUUAUAUGCCUAUGAGCUGAACACAUCAUACCCACUACCCAAGUUCGAUAUAGUAGUUAUAGAGAGCAACAGCCCGUACUCCGAGGGUUGGGGGCUCAUCACUCUGUCUCCCGCUACCCUGACCGAUACGAAGACUAUAGCUAGAUUAUUGGCCCAACAGUGGUUCGGCGGGCUGGUGUCGCCCCGCUGGUGGUCCGCGCAGUGGCUGCUGGAGGCGCUGACGGCAGUGCUGGGGGAGCGCGCCCCGCUCGCGCCCGCCGACGGCCGGGACGACGCGCUGCUGCUGGACCACGUGCUGCCGGCGCUCGCCUUGGAUUCGAGCACUUCGGUACGGGCGGUUGCUUCCCCGAGACUUGAAAGAGCCGAUAUAGAGAGUGCUACGGACGAACUGUCUUUACAUAAGGGCGCAGCCAUUGUUAGUAUGGCGAUAGAGGCCGCCGGCGAAGCGGCCGGCCGGGCGGCGCUCGCGCGGCUGCUGCGCGACCACCGCACCGCUAGCGCCGAUGCCCGCGACCUGUGGCGCGCGCUGACGCAGGAGGGCGGCGCGUCGCCCGCGCACGCGUGGGACGGCUGGUGCGAGCGCGCGGGCUACCCGCUGCUCAGCGCCGCGCCCGCCGGCCGACACGUCGCCGUGCGGCAGGAGAGGUUCGUGAUGUCAGCAGAUCCGCCGGACCCCGAGCCGCCGAUGUUAAACCACCUUCUAACUAUCAACUUAAGAGCAGAGCUGGAGGAACUGUUCUAUGAACCUGAUAACUUCACGGAGAUACUGGAAGAAGACAUAAACGCAACAACAACAACACCACCGACGACGACGACCACGCGGCGGCCCACAGCGGGGACCAAGCCGCCGCCGGGGCCCAAGUGGGUCAUACCGCUCACGUUCAGCGUGGGGCCCGCGGAGGAGGAGCCGGAGCCGGUGGACAACAGCACCAGGUUGUGGCGGAAUGGGACCGAGAGCCUGCAGAAUGGGACGUGGUAUGACAUUGUGAACGAUACGAAGGUCCAAACAUCCAGAUGGAUGGAAAACGUCACGUAUUUAGUAUGGAUGAAUGACACUGAGAUGGUCAUACCAGAUUUGGGGAUGCACAAAUGGGUGAGGUACAAUGUGGGAGCGAGAGGGUUAUAUCGGGUCGCCCCACAAGACUUGCCUGGCGAGGUUUGUGGUUUUUUUUUCUUAAUUUCUAGUAUUUCCGAUGAUACACACGACUGCUUAGCUAAACUUAAUGGUGAUCUAAAUCGAAUUUCUACCUGGUCAGCAAAUAAUACUUUAGUGCUCAACGCUGACAAAACAAAAUUUAUGAUUUUAGGUACACCAAAACAAGUAAAAAGUGUCGAGCAGCAAAUCCCUGUAAUAAACAUCCAAGCCCGCCUGGAAACGGAACAAUACUGGGCGGUCUGGCGCGUGGUGGUGCACCACCUCUCCUGGUGGCGGGAGCUGCUCAUGGUGUCAGCAUCCGCACCGUAUCUGCACCAGAUGCUCAGCUCCCUACCCCCAGCCGUGACGCUGUACAGCAACGACGAGAUCCCGGGGCUCAGUGAGGACAAACUGUGGCUCAGCGGUGCGCUGCUCACCGCCGGCGUGGUCUGGGGCAACGAGAAUGUGACCAACCAGGCCCUCGAGCUGUUCGACGCCUGGAUCAACAGCAACGAAACCAUACCGGAGAUAUACCAAGAGGGCGCGUACACAGCCGGCGUGCGCAAGCACGGCGAGCCAGCUUGGAACGCGUGCUGGCGGGCGUUGCUCAACACAAGAGGGAACGGGAAGCGGGCCUUGUUAGCCGCUCUGUCUGCACCGGAGGAUGACUGGCUGCUGUAUAGGUUCGCAUACACGGUGAUGUCCAGUGAGGCCCGGCGGGGGCACGAUUGGCCCGAGUGGGUCACGGCGCUGUGUGCGGGGCUCUGCCGAUGGCGUGGCAGCGCGGGAGUGUGGAGGGUACUACACUCCCCCCCACUCCCCCCCUCCGCGCUGCAAGCGGCCGCUAGGUGUCUGUACCAGCCCAGUGAUUAUUAUAGGUUCAAGUCGCUAUUCGGCGGGCAGCGCGGCGCCGGUGCGGCGCUGGACACGAUCGCUCUGAACUCCGCCUGGGUUGCUAAAGCCGACUCGGAUUUGUUACGAUACUUCCAGGCUAUGAAGAAACUCUAAAUAUAGUAUUUUCGUGUGUUUGAUUUUACGCGAGUGUUAUACAUUUAGAAAUUAAAGUUUUUAACGGAUUUUAAACGCGAUUUAUUCAUUAUAUUCAGUG